AUGCUGAAGUCGAUAGAGGUACCUGAUUGCCACUACCCCCGGGAUCCCUCCCUGGUGAGGCCCAGGAGCAGCCCCCCGAGGCACUCUCUCUACCUGUCCAACCUCGACGACCAGAAGUUCCUCAGGUUCUCAAUUAAGUACCUGUACCUAUAUAGGAAAUCCGUGAGGGUGGAGGCUCUCAAGGCCUCUCUAUCUAGGGUGUUAGAGGACUACUACCCACUAGCGGGAAGGCUGAGGGAUUGCGACGGAGAAGAGAAGCUUGAGGUGGACUGCAACGGGGAGGGGGCUGUCUUUGCCGAAGGACAUGUGGAUCUCAGCGUGGACGAGUUCUUGGUGGCCUCCCGCAGGCCAAAUGCCUCGUGGAGGAAGUUCUUGUAUAGGGUCGAUGCACAGAGCUUCAUGGGCGUCCCUCUUCUCAUGGUCCAAGUGAGCUCCUCUCUCUCUCGCUCUCUCUAUCUUUCUCUCUCUGUGCCAAAAGACUCAGUCGGUGCUUCGUGUAAAAGAGAGGAUGGAGGCUGCGCCAAUGAGAAAUAAACCAAGUUGACGGACUGAAAAUUUAGUUAGCAAACGAAACAUUUUCGUAUUCAGAAGAUUUCACGGAUUUAUGGGCUCUCUCUCAUCUAUCUAUCACCUUCACUGUCUCUCUAUCCCCUUGUUCUUUCUUUUUCGUCACCGGCAAACCACGGAUAGUGAACCCGAAGAGGUAAAGUUGAGGAUAAGAUUGACAGUCUACACUGUCCACCGCUCCCCAUUUUGGUGACUUUACCCGUCUGAUCCAUUAUUCAACUGGGUAAACUUCGUCUGGCCAUAUAGAUAAUGUCCUGUUGAAAGUUCUCUAUACUCAACGAUUUCUGCUCCUUGGCUCUUCUUUUACCCUUUUUAGGUACUCUCUCUCUCUCUCUCUCUCUCUCUCUCUCUCUCUCUGUAUCUUUCUCAUAUAGAUAUAAAUAUGCAAACAUAUUUCUUUACCUACUGGAUUAUGUUCUAAUUCUGCUAAAGCUGGACGAGUACUGCCACUUUACCCUUUACCAUUUACUUCUCAGAAAUGUAAACAAGCGAGCGGAAUCUGUCAGUGGAGGCCUUCUUUUCCCCUUGGGCUUUAUUUUCUCCUUAUCUUUUUCUUUCCUGUGCUUUGUAUUGCCCUUUGGCGUUUGCUCUGGUUUCUCGACUCCGAAAACUUUCCCGCUGCCGGGGUGAAUUCUCUGGACUGUUCCUGGAGAUAGAAAGAUAGAGAAGAGAAGGGUCAUAGGCUUUUAGGACCAGCCAUGCUCUCUCUCUUUCUAUCUGUCUAUCUAUCUAUCUAUCUAUCCCUUUCUCGCCUUUCUUUCUCUCCUCUCCCCACCCAAACAUCCCUCCCCCCCCCCCGGUCCUCCCUUCUCAUAUUAAUUUCCUUGGCCGUUUCAACUAACGUCCUGACUGAUACAUUCAGACCUCAUUGGACAAUCUUAAAAGUCUCGCUCUGGGUUUCCUCCACCCAGUGACAUCGAUAUGUUUUUUUUAACUUCGAAGUUUCGUGGUGGGUAGGUGACCUAUCUCAGCUGCGGCGGCAUGAUUCUCUGCACAGCCAUCAACCACUGCGUCUGCGACGGCAUCGGCUCCUCCCAGUUCCUCCACGCAUGGGCUCACUGCGCCGCCAAGCCUGGCUCUUCCCCGCCCCUCUCUCCUUUCCACAGCCGCUGCAUCCUCCGGCCGCGGUCUCCCCCCGCCAUCGCCUUCUCCCACCCGGAGUUCACGCCAGCGGGCCCACAAAUCUCCGCCUCCGAGCAUCUUGCUCAGCUCCUCCAAUCCCAGCCGUUGGUUCCCGUUUGCCUUACCUUUGAUCCCUCUGAGAUCCUUCAGCUGAAGAAGCAGUGCGUGCCCUCGCUCAAGUGCACCUCCUUCGAAGCCCUAGCCUCGCACGUGUGGCGCACGUGGAUCAGGUCGCUAGCCCCACCACCGGAGCUCCGGGUCAAACUGUUUUUCUCGGUCAACGUCAGGAAGAGGCUGAAACCGCAGCUUCCCAUCGGGUUCUACGGCAACGGGUUCGUCCUCGGCUGCGCGGAGGGGACUGCGGGGGAGCUCGUGUCGUCGAACCCGCGUGGGGUCGUCGAGCUGGUGCAGACCGGGAAGGCGCGCCUUUCCGACGACUACAUUAGGUCAAUGGUUGACUUUUUGGAGUAUAACCGCGUGAAGCCGGACCUCUCGGCGACGUUAGUUAUUUCCCAGUGGUCAAAGCUCGGACUUGAGGAUGUUGACUUCGGGGAAGGUGUGCCUCUCCACGUGGGCCCGCUCGCCAGCGAGAUUUACUGCCUCUUCCUGCCCGUCAUUGGUGAUCUGCAUGCUUUCACUGUGCUUCUAUCGGUCCCCGAGCGGGUGGCCAGUAAGUUCGAGUACCAUAUGAAGAAUCUCUGGGGAGAGCAGCCUGACUGCCCUGGGGAGGGGUUGGCUUGA